ACAACCCCACAUGGGCCGGCCUCGCCCCCUACGGAUACUCUUCACUACAAAUCGGCUCUCUCGGGGGAUUAGUGGCUCCGCGAAAGUGCACACAGGCGCGGCGGGCGGGCGAGGGGGCCGGGCGCGGCGGGCACUCCCCGGCCAGGCCCCGCCCGGGAGGCCCUCGCGUAACGCUGGGGCCCUGGCGGCAGGGGUGGGGGUCCAGCAGCGGCGGCGGCCAGGAGUCCGGCCCUGCCUUCGCCCUCCUUCCUCCUCCGCCCCUUCCACGUGGGGCCCCGGGCGGCCGGCCACGUGGGGGGACGCGAGCCCGGGCAGACCGCGGCGCGGCGCCCCGAGGCGGCCCUGGCUCCUUCGGGCCCCCGCCGGGCCCACGGCGCCGACGACCUGCCCCCUUCCCGGCCCCACGGCUCCAACUUCCUCCCGGGCCCCCGCGCCGGCUGCUUGUGCCUUCUCAAGGCCCGCGGGGUCAGGCGCAGGCCGGCCACAGGGGGCACUUGCGCUCCCCAAAUCCGGAUCCGGGAGACGGUGCCCGCGCCUGGCCCGAGGGGCGGCGAUAGCUGUGGGUGCGCGCAGAGGGAGCCCUGUGUGCUGGAACUUGCAGCGGUUGCGUUCCCUACAAGAAGCAAAAACAUUUUUUACACAUCAAAAAAAAAAAAAUGUUCCUUCCUGUUGCUUGGAUCUCGCCGGGGCUAUUUUUAAAGCCUCGCCUUGGGUGGGAGCUCCGGGCCUCGCGGGACGAAGGCGCUCUGCGGCCGCAGCGGCUCCAGAGAAUCAAGGACCUGGGCUCGCGCGCCGCCCCAACGCGCCGAGGUUAGUGUCUGAACACCAGGAUCCAGGCCGAGCGCCGGCCGCACCUAGACGAAAUUGCACGCCCGUGACCCGCGGUGUGGGAGCCCAGUUUGCGGAAAGGAGUCAGCGGCUGCGGGCUGGGAGGGCUCUUUUGCCUGCGCCCCAGAGCCCCCCAAACUCAUCUCACGUCUCUGAGAUCGGCCGCGCGUCCUCCAAGAGCCCCUCUUGGGCUGAAUUGAGCCCUUAGUCUCGAUCUGUUUAAAAACCAUAUUGAGAUGUUAGGAACUGGAUUGAGAUGUUCAGCCCCAAAGGCGUGGGAAGGGGUGUGUGAGGUCUGGCCUCUGCAGGCCGCAGGGACUGCCAUGCCCGGAUCUGAGUGGCGGAGUUUAGCCUCCCACGUACCCGGAGUGCACCACACCCUACCAACCGGAGGAAACUUGGGCUGGGGCCUGGGGCCAGAGAAAGGGCCACCGAACCGCUGGACCCUCUUCUGCAUCCCGAAGAGCUCUGCUCUAGGCCUCUCGGUCUAUUGACAUUUUUAAAACUCCAGCGCCCGCCCGCAGCGGGGGGUGAGUUCUCGCUACUCGUUUGCUAAAGCUGCGCCCAGGUUGGCCUGUGCGACAGGCAAUGUGGGGGCCUUGACUCCGGAUGACCGUCUUAUCAUCAAACAAUAGGUUUUCAAACCCCACUGAAGACCUCCUAGAAGUGCUGACAGUGCGGGGCCAGGCAUUUAAAACGCACUAGCUCAGAAAAUUCAGUUACUAAGAUGUCCGAAGCUGGUUUUCUACUUGUCCUAAUAGGCCCGGGCCAGGCCAGCUGAGUGGCUCCGGAGUCUACGGAACAGGUGAAAAACUGCCAGACUCCUGCUGUGUCUGGGGUCUCCAUCUUCUGACGACCCUGCAUCCCCAGAAACUUCUUCAGGGCUCUCCCCUCCGCAUCAGCUUUGACUCAAGGUCACCGAGCCUAAGAUAGUUCUGGGCUGCACACGGACCCCGCCCACCCCCAGGGUACUGGGCUCCUGGUACAGGCUUUUCUGUCUUUCUUAGGUGUGAGCUAUAACAAGCAUGACGAGUUCCUGCUGCUUUAUUUCACAGAUGAUCUUUGGUCCUGAGUGGCCCUCUUUCCACUCAGAAAACAGGGAACGUCAGCUAAUUUUUCACAUCACUUGUUCCACUUUCAUGGCUACUACCAAUUUGACCUAACUUAGAAAAUGCUGUGUUGUUUUGAAAAUGUUUAAAAAAAAAAAAAGUCAUCCUGGGAGCAAAAAUCAUUUGUCGGAGCUCCCGCUGUGGCGCAGUGGUUAAGUAAUCUGACUAGGAACCA